UGGAAGUGGAGUGGACAGGGGCCAUUUUGAUGCAGUGGUUAAAGGAAAUGACUGGUCUGACGCAGCCUGGGAGCCGGGCAGCCAGAGUCUAAGGAUAAGUCCUGGGUCUAUAAUGGUCAUGAUUCUCACAGAGGACCCUGAGAUUUCUGCACUCUGAGCAAUGACAAAUGCCACUGGAUUGGUUCUGAGACCCUUGCCCUAGAGGAUGGCCAAGGGGCUCCUGAUGACCUAUGCCCUCUGGGCUAUAGGGGGCCCUGUUGGACUCCAUCACCUAUACCUGGGAAGGGACAGCCACGCCCUGCUCUGGAUGCUUACUUUGGGAGGUGGUGGACUGGGUUGGCUCUGGGAAUUCUGGAAGCUCCCAAACUUUGUAGCUCAAGCCAACAGAGUCCAGGGGCAUAAACAGAGAUCAGGAGAGGAGGGGAUACCUCCUCUGAGCCUCAUUCGAUUUGCUGCCCAGGUGAUGGUGGGCAUCUAUUUUGGCCUUGUCGCUCUAAUUAGCCUUUCUUCUAUGGCCGGCUUCUACAUUGUGGGCCUCCCACUGGCAGUUGGCUUAGGGGUCUUGCUGGUGGCUGCUGUUGGCAACCAGACCUCAGACUUUAAGAACACUUUAGGGGCAGCUUUCCUUACUUCCCCGAUUUUCUAUGGCCGCCCCAUAGCCAUUCUGCCCAUCAGCGUGGCGGCCACCAUCACAGCUCAGAAGCACCGCCGCUACAAAGCUGCAGUGGAGUCCGAAGCGCUCAGCGUGCGGCUGUACAGGCUGGGCUUAGCUUUCCUUGCUUUCACAGGCCCCUUAGCAUAUAGCGCUUUGUGCAACACUGCGGCCACACUCAGCUAUGCGGUAGAAACCCUUGAAUCCUUCUUGGGGUGGUUCAACUGCUUGCCGCUUCUGGGCCGCCUCAUGGAGUCGGCCUUCUUUCUGCCUUAUCGGAUUUGGUGGAUAUUGGUUGGCGAUCCUGGCUUCGACAAUUCCCAGGAAUGGGAAAAGCUCUAUGAAUUUGUUCAUGGUGUUCCGGAUGAGAAACGGCAGCUGGCUUACCAGGCUUUGGGCCUCUCAGAAGGUGCAUCAAAUGAAGAAAUACAUCGGAGUUACCGGGAGCUUGUGAAGGUCUGGCACCCUGACCUCAACCGGCAUCAGACGGAGGAAGCUCAGAGACACUUCCUUGAGAUCCAAGCUGCAUAUGAAGUCCUGAGUCAGCCCAGGAAGCCUAGAGAGUCCUGGAGUGAGAAGUAACUUCCCCCUGAAGAUGGACGCUUAACAGCAGAAUGGGACAACAUCUGCCAUGGCUAACUUUGCCCAUCUAGUGCAUCCCAAGUGUCAAUUAUUGACUGUUGUAUUCUUGACUAUAUUUUCUUUCUUUUUUUGGUUUUCCAGGGUAGGGUCUCACUCUAGCUAAGGCUGAGGCUGACCUGUAAUUCAUUAUGUAGUCUCAGAGCGGCCUCGAAUUUAUGGCAAUCCUCCUACUUCUACUUCCUGAGUGCUGGAUUAAAGGCAUGUGCCACCAUGCCUAGCUUUUGACUAUAUUUUCUUAAGACCACGCAAUGAAAGGUGUAUUAUAAAAGCAACAAUACGCCUUUCAGAGAAUAUACCACCCACCUUAUCCCACCUCAGUACAUUGAUGUAUGCUGAAGGAAAGUUAUUUAAUAACUUUUUUAAUGUGUAAAGCACUGGGUUAGGAGACUAUGUGAAAAUUAUGACAUCUCACAUAAUUCACAAACUGCCCUAUUUGAGAAGAGGGAUUUUAUUGGUUUUGUAUAUUACCAAGAUACAAGAGUGGGGUUAAAUUUUAAAGGUCCAGGAAAAAAAAGUGCUUUAAUUCCAUUUACAGUUUCCAGCAGCUAUACUAUUUU